UGUGUCGUAUUUAUCCUGCGUGAGCUAGUCGUAGCCAAAAGGGGCAGCGUCGCAGCUGUUGUUGUCUGCGACUGCGUAGUUAGCAUACAAUAAUGUUGGCUCUACCUACUGUAGCUAGUUAGUUCUACUCAUCCAUUUUACAUUUGAGUUAUUUAGCAGACGCUCUUAUCCAGAGCGACUUACAGUAGUGAGUACAUACAUUUUCGUACUUUUUCAUCCUGCGGAAUUCCCCUAUUGUUUGCGGGCUAGCUGUUCACUUUCACUUUUCCUACCAUAUUUUUUUUCACAGUUUUGAGAAUGGCAGAGAUGCAUAUUCAGGCAAAGCUGGUAAAUCUUUUAAAACAAGAUAAGAUUCAGCUCUGGAACCCACCUUACACCACAGAAUACAACCAGGCAGGACACCAACCUCUGCAGCAGCUUGCAGUGAAUUAUGCACCCAUUGUGUGCUUCUCUGUGUCUGAAGUGGCAAGUGCCUUGGAGAGCAUCAGAUCCCAAGCAGUAAAGAGAGGAAUGGGGAAUAAGACCUAUAGAGAGACAUUUGUGGCCACGUUGGAACUCCUUCUGCCUAAAGAUGGGAAAAAGGAUGUCAAGAAGAAGAACUAUUUGGAGACUAAACUGGAUGUCAUUGCACAAGAUAUCAUGGCUAGGAUUGCUGAACAAUAUGGACUCAAAUACAUCAAGUUAAUUUUGAAUGGGAAGACACUGACUCCUGAGAAGCGUCUGGAUGAACAGGACGUGAAGAACAACAGUAAGAUUAUGGUUCUGCGGGUGAGCGAGCCUGAGAGGAAGAAACAGAUGGCGGAGGAGGAGGAGAAGAAGAAAACCCAGGACCAGAGUGUCCAGAGAACCCAGAAGGGCUUCCAGAUCCUCUCCGAGAGAGAUGGCACCGAUGACCCAGCCACGACUCCAUUCCUAGAGAUUGCUGAUCAGAAGGGGAACCCUCUGAAAAUACCUCACAGAGAGAAAAAGGCUUUGAUUCUAGCCAUGGGGUUCCACGAGAAAGGCCGCGCUCUGAUGAAGAGGAAACAGUACGACGCUGCUCUGUGCCACCUGCUGCAAGCUGACGACCAGUUUGGUACAUGUGGCUCCGUGCUCCUGAGCACGGUGGACAACUAUGCAGUACUGCAGCUGGACAUCGUGUGGUGCUACAGAGCCCUGGAGGCCCUCUCCUGCCUGGACGACGGCAAGCAGAGGCUGCAGAGAGCCGAGGACUGCUUCCUCAAGUGCUACGGAGAGCAGCAGCAGAGGCUCAUGCAGAUCAAGGGAAACACAGGACGAGAGGAGGUGCUGUUCCUCAGGCUGUACCUCCUACAGAGCUUACUGGCGUACCUGGAUGGUAACGAACACCAGGCCACACAGAAGCUAAUGCUGGUGGAGGACCUGUAUGGGCGUCUGUGUCUGGAUCCAGAGAAGAUGACAGGGCUGAUGGGUCUGGGUUUCUCUGAGCAGGAGGCCCGUCUAGGCCUGAGGGCCUGCCACGGCAACGUAGACGAGGCCGUGCUGCACAUCACCCACAGGAGACAGGAGAGGGAGGAGAUGAAACAGCAGGAGAGGGAGAGGAGGAGGAGGCGUAUGGAGGGCCUGGCCACCCUCCGAGAGCUGGGUUACUCCAAGAGAGACGCUGCCCGGGCCCUCCAACAGGCAGACGGGGACAUGGACAGAGCCUAUGGGAUUCUUCUAGAGUCCACCCAGGCUGAGUCUGCUGCUGUAACCAACCACAACACAGAGCUCCCCAUAGAUCAAUCCAAGGUUGAGCAGCUGUUAUACCUGGGCUUUGAGCCGGAGGCUGCCGAAGCUGCACUGAAGCUGACGGGGGGAGAUGUGCAAGGGGCCACCCAGCUACUGCUGGACAACCAGGGGGUCCUGCCCCCAGAGCUGCUCUCCCCCUCUCCCCCCUCCUCACUCUCCGAGGAGCCCAGCACCUCCUCUGAGUCCGCAGGUAGGACUCACAUUCACACACGCUCUGGGAGCCAAGGGGAGGACCCUAUGGACGUAGACCUGGUGAAUGAGGUGCUGGAGGACAUCCCCCGACAUGAAGAAGACUACCUGGACCUGACCCUGGAGGAGGAGAGCGAGGUCAUAGCUCAGAUGAAGUCCUACCUCCACAGGAACUGUACCCCCUCCAGCUAAAGCGCCGUCCAGGUGGUGGCCAUUUUUAAAGCACUUCCACCACGUCCUAAAACAAGGGUGUUUGAUUUUGGUCUUUUUAGACCCCAAAUUAGGUUUGUGAUUAUUGUUUUUUCCCCAUAGCGAUACAUCAACAUUUUUACAUUCUGUUUUUUGUACUAAAGUGUUAAUUGUCAUUUAAACAUGUGCAACAGAUUGGAAAUAAUUUGUAAGGAAGUGAGCUAACUGACUGGUUUAUGCUCUAGAGGGGACUGUGUUCUUCCCAUUCUCACCACUUGGAUUAUUUGAAGGUUAAUGUUUGAGAUUUCAACCCUGUUUAGAAUGUGAGGCUUAUAAUUGUACCUUGAAGGGAUUUUUGGUUGCUUGUAUACAAGAUGUUUCUCCAACUGAAAUACAUUUGUCUUCGUGCUCUGUUUUAGUAUUCGAGAUCCCUUUAAGUAAUUUAAUCAAGAAAUUAAGUUGGUUAAAUUCUGUUUUUAUUUCAUUUGUGGUUUUCAUGGAGUUUGAUUACCAAUAUGACAAUACAUGACUGGUCUUAGUGCCAUAUAGUUCAGGUUGCCUUUAGUUUCAAAGUAAUUUGCAUUUAAUUUAAGAACCUGUUAUUACAUACAAUAAAUACUCCUUUGCGAUUA